AUGUUCAACGGGGAGGCUAGUUCCUCGUCCAGAAAUGUAAUCCGCAGCUCCAGCAUCAGCGGAGAGAUGUACAACCUAGAGAAGGGGACUUCGGUGUCUUCAGAUGCAGCUGGUGGUACAACAAAGAAGAGGAGGUCCAGUCUUGGAGCAAAGAUGGUGGCAAUUGUGGGGCUGUCCCAGUGGAGUAAGAGCACAAUGCAAUUAAACCAGCCUGAUGGUACAACAAAGAAACUGCGCAGUAAUAUCAGGCGCAGCACAGAGACGGGUAUUGCUGUGGAGAUGAGAAAUCGGAUGACUAGACAAGGCAGUCGAGAAUCCACAGAUGGUAGCACAAAUAGUAACAGUUCUGAUGGCACAUUUAUCUUUCCUACCACACGACUAGGAGCAGAGAGCCAGUUCAGCAAUUUUCUUGAUGGACUUGGACCAGCACAAAUUGUGGGAAGACAAACUCUUGCUACACCUCCCAUGGGAGAUGUAAACAUCGCAAUGUUAGACCGCAAUGGUCAGCUUGAGGUGGAAGUGAUCAAGGCAAGGGGUCUAACUCCAAAACCAGGUUCUAAGACAAUACCAGCUCCAUACAUCAAGGUCUACCUGAUAGAAAAUGGGGCAUGUUUGUCCAAGAAGAAGACUAGAACAGCUAAGAAAACAUGGGACCCACUUUAUCAGCAAGUUCUCCUCUUUGAUGAAGGACCUCAGGGGAAGGUACUACAGGUAAUUGUGUGGGGAGACUAUGGCAGAAUGGACCACAAAUGCUUUAUGGGGAUGGCACAGAUUCUACUUGAAGAGCUUGAUCUAAGUUCCUGUGUCACAGGCUGGUACAAACUAUUUCCCACUUCAUCACUGGCAGACUCCAGCAUUGCUCCACUCACCCGACGGCUAUCACAGUCCUCACUGGAGAGCUCCACCAGUCCAUCUUGCACCUAACCUGCGGAGGAAGAAGAAGUGUUUGUUGAAUUUUUUGUUCCAAAUUUCUCUCCUUUCCCUGAAGCCUAA